AUGUUGCUGCGGUUGCCGCUCUUAUUGCCAUGCCUGUUGGUCAUUGUUCUCUCCGGAGUGAAUGCGGACCCAAGUGCUGGUGCCCUGUAUCCUCCAGGCCUACAACCUCUCAUCACCCGAGCAAAUGCACUCCUAUCCGUCGGCCAAUUCAAUGAUGCUGCGAAAGCAUACUCCGAUGCAAUUGAGCAAUCGCCGGCGGACUACCUAUUGUACUACAAGCGUGCCACAGCAUACUACUCUCUGAGCCGACACCAGGCCGCCCUCGCCGAUUUCGACAAGGUUCUCUCACUCACGUCCCAGUCCUUCGACAAAGCGUACCUCAUGAAAGCGCGGAUCCUCGCUAAAGAGGGCCAGUUCACGGAGGCGCGUGAUGCGCUCAAGAAGUAUAUGGCAAAGAACAAGGACUCUGACGCACAGGAGGUUCUCUACUCGAUUAGCGAGGGCGAGAUGGCCGCGAAGAAGGCAAGCCAGGCGAUGAAGGCGAAGCUGUGGAAUGCAUGUGUGGAGGCAGCGUCAACAGCGUUGCUCACUGCAUCGCAUUCUGCGGAGCUGAGACAGCAGCGUGCGGAUUGCUCGUUGGCAGCGGGGGAUGUUGAAGCAGCCGUUGGAGACCUAACUCGUCUGACGCACCUUACGACCCCAUCAACGUCUCUUCUCAUGAAAAUCUUCCGUCUUUCACACUUCCUCGGUCCCUACUCCCCUGGUGAUACCCAAACUACAGCACUCGCCACUCUGAAACAAUGUCUACACUAUGACCCUGACUCUUCCCAAUGUCUCCCCGCCCACCGCCUCAUCAAGUCCCACGACAAGUCGUUCAAGAACCUUGAGAAACACCUUUCCAAGGAGGACUGGCGCGCGGUCGUCAACUUGCUCGGCGGCGAGAAGGGCUUCGUCGCGAUAUUCGACAGCGCGCUCGAGGGACAUACCUCACGCGCCGCGCUCGGACUGCCCCCGUCAAUCCCGUUGCCUUCUGCGAAGCGCACGUCCCCGCGCCGCGCGACGCUGCUGCGCGUGAUGUGCCGCGCGCACUCAAAGCUGAACGAUCCAAAGAAGGGCGAGCGGUGGUGCAAGGCGCUUCUCGAGAUGGAGGGCAUGCAGGACGACGCGGAUGCGCUCAUCGUGCUCGCAGACGUAUUGAUGGCCAACGAAGAGUGGGAUGAGGCCGUCCGCAUGCUCGAGCGCGCGUUCGAGGCAAGCGGACGCUCGAAUCGCGAGAUCCACCAAAGACUACAGAAGGCCCAGAGGCUCUUGAAGCAGUCGAGACAGAAGGAUUACUACAAGGUGCUUGGUGUUCGCCGCGACGCAGAUGCGAAGGAGAUCAAGAAAGCUUUCCGGGAAGCAGCAAAGAAAGCACAUCCAGACAAGGGUGGCAGCGAGGCGAAGAUGGCCGCAGUCAACGAGGCGUACGAGGUCCUCAAUAACCCAGAGCUCCGUGCGAAGUUCGACAACGGCGAGGACCCGAACGACCCGAUGGCACAGCAGGGCGGCCCGGGCGGCGGCGGCGCCCAGCAUUUCGCACAGUUCUUCCAACAGGGCUUCGGCGGCAGCGGCUUCCCCGGAGGGUUCCAGUUCCACUUCAACCGUGGGCAUUGA